AUGGCGGCUACUGCCUCCGACUUUGCCCGGCGCGCUGACUCCUGGAACGCAGGGUCGUUCGAUUUCAACCAGUACAUGGUGGACCGUGCAAAGCUGGUGAACAAAGCCCUUGACGAAGCCGUGCCACAAAAGUACCCUGAUACGUUAUACGAGAGUAUGCGGUACUCACUGCUUGCUGGCGGAAAGCGGGUGCGCCCAGCGCUGUGCCUGGCGGCCUGCGAACUUAUUGGUGGCGAUGUGCAGGCCGCGCUGCCGGCUGCGUGUGCCAUGGAGAUGAUUCAUACCAUGUCGCUCAUCCACGAUGACCUACCAUCUAUGGACAAUGACGACUUCCGCCGCGGCCGCCCUACCAACCACAAAGUGUACGGCGAGGACAUUGCUAUCCUAUCAGGCGACGCGCUGCUGACUUACGCCUUUGAACAUAUUGCACGGGCGACGAAAGGCGUUAGCGCGGAGCGUGUCUUGCGGGUGAUUAUGGAGCUGGGCCGGGCCACGGGUGCGGAGGGUCUUGUAGCUGGUCAGGUGGUGGACAUUCAGUCGGAGGACAAGGAAGUGGGACUGGACGUGCUCAAGUACAUCCACCUCCACAAGACUGCGGCGCUUCUAGAGGCGUCGGUGGUAUGUGGCGCAAUUGUGGGUGGCGCGGACGAGGCCACAAUUGAGAAGCUGCGGAAGUAUUCUCGCAACAUCGGACUGGCUUUCCAGGUUGUUGACGACAUUCUCGAUGUGACCCAGACGACGGAGCAGCUGGGCAAGACGGCGGCCAAGGACCUAGCUGUAAACAAGACGACCUAUCCCAAGCUGCUUGGCCUGGAGAAAUCCAGGGAGGUGGCAGAGCAACUUAUCAACGAAGCCAUCCAGCAGCUAGAUGGCUUUGACAAGGUGAAGGCAGCCCCGCUGGUCGCCCUGGCAAAGUACAUUGGCUACAGGCAAAACUGAGCUCAGCCAUGGCUAGGAUGUUGGUUGGUGGAGGGGAUUUGGGGCGAUUGGGAUUAAGGGAGGUUGGACUGGAGAUUUCGCAUGAAGAGAAAGCAGGGUACCAUACAGGGGGCAGGCAUUGCGCGGGGCGAACGGGGGUUGGAGGCUGGCUUUGGCUUGGAAGCGUGACUCGUCUGCACAGGACAGGAAGAUAAUCGAGCGCGAAGAUGACUUUGAGUGGGCUGAGUCCUUGAUGGCUGGCAGCUGGCGAGGCACCUCAGGUUUAAGUUUCGAGACUUGCAAGGCCUGCGCGACGUGUAGUGAUACCGGUUUGCGUCUUGUCGAGUGAGAAGAUUUUUUGUAUUAUGAAAUGUUUAAAAGGGCUCCGUGCCGUACCUGAGAGUUGUGCGGGCAGGAUACAGAGUGGGGUUAUUGCGUGGGCGGGUGCUCCGUCGUGGCCGUGACCAGCGGCGACGACAGCCUGCCUGGAUAGGCGUGUGUGCGGAAGCCACACGGCUUGGGACUUGAACAGCCAAAAAAUUAUACAAGGCAUUGUUUUUUCGUCACAACGCCCAUUUUGGCUGUUGGAAAAUUUCUGUAACAGUGCAGGAGUAA